AUAAUGUAAUUAUUAAUGAUGCUGCAAUAAAUAAUAUAAGUCACAAGCUUGAUGAUCAAAAUAUGCUUGUUGCCAAUGAAAAUGCUGUAGUUGGAUGUUGUAAUAAACUUGUAUCAAGUCAACAAUCAACUCUUGAUGUUCUCACUCACUGGAAUUCAGUAUACUUAAUGCUAGUAUCUACUAUUUUACCAUUUGAUGCCCUAGCUUGGUGGAAGGAAAAUGCACUGAGGUAUCCUUCUGUGUCAUCAAUGGCAGGGGAUAUUCUUGCUGUUCCAAUAACUUCAGUAGCUUCAGAAGCAUACAGUGGGAAGAAUCUUACUCCAGAAACUGUCGAAACAUUAAUAUGUGGUUGA